CUCUCAUUUUUAAAGCCACUUCAACCUCAGUCUCAAAGCUCUGAAAAAACCCACUAGCCUACCGAAAGGCACAGGAUCAGAGGAGGAGCAGAUAUUUGCUGUGAGAAACUUCCAUCAGUAUGCGAUCUCCUCUAACGGGAGAACUGAGGUGAUGGCGGGUUGCGCGGAGGAUUCGUGGAUUUUUGUUUGACAGGCACCAAAUCUUCUGUUGGAUUAGUUGAUUUACCUAUUUAUGGGGGAUUUGAUUUUACCUGAUAGAAAAUGCCAUUUGCCAAACGGAUCGUUGAACCCCAGCUGCUGUGCAGACACCCCAUCCCUAAUGAUGAAGGGUUACUAUUCGAGGAUCUGCGCUCCAUCAGCAACGUGGCUCUAUCCCGGACCCUGCGGCAGCUCUCCGACUUGGCUAAACACGCCUGUUCCUUAUUCCAGGAGCUCGAGAACGAGCUCGUGUCCACAAACCAAAGGGUUUGGGCUCUGCAGAACAAAAUAGGCAAAAUUCAGCAGACCGCCAAUGCGCUGGAUCCAAAACUGGAGGCUGUGCCUGUAUCUAAUCUGGACGUUGAGAGUAAAUUGACUUCCCACUAUCAGGCUCCAUGGCAUCAGCAGCACAAUUUCUUCCACCCUUGUACACGGCCACCAUGCCUGGAGGAGUUACACCGACACGCCAAGUUCAACCUGCGGGCGCUACACAGAGACCAGCAGCAGCGCCAGCGUUCAACCAGCAGAGAACGUGGUCGGGUGACCAUAUCAAUAUCUGUGGCUCCGCCCAUGCCAACCCUCCCCUCCACUCACAAACUCAGAAGGCGUGAGCAGAGGGGCCGAUACUCACGCCUGGAGAGGAACAUUAGGGAGAGUGAUGUUCAGACUAUCCAGAGAAAGGAGAAGCCAGCCAAGGAGGCUGACAUCAAACCAGUCCUCAGAAAGGCUGGUACCAACACAGAAACAGAUGGAGAAAUACCGGCAUUGAACCACAGGCCUAAAUGUCCUGUUCCCAAUGUCCCUACAACCCUGGACAAACAGACCAACUUGUGCAAAGCUCUGCCUCUUCUUACACCAGAGGAGAGAUUGAAGAAUGAGUCUCAAGUGAUUUCCUCGUGUAUCAUUCCCAUCAAUGUCUCGGGUGUUGGAUUUGACAGAGAAGCCAGUGCUCGCUGCUCUCUUGUUCACUCACAGUCAGUUCUACAGAGGCGAAGGAAACUCAGGAGGCGAAAAACGAUCACUGGCAUCCCCAAACGAGUACAACAAGACAUGGAUUCGGAUGAAUCACCUGUGGCCAGAGAGAGAACAGUGAUUAUUCAUGCCAAUCCACACAACUCACUGUGGCAUGAGGAUUUAUCCCUGAGUGGCCGAGUAUUGCACACCAAAGACUCUGGCUGCCAGACAGACGACUUCCUGAUCGCUGCUCCAUCCCGGAGGCGUAUCCGUGCCCAAAGGGGACAAGGAAUACCAGCUUCUCUUUCACACUCCACAGGAAACAUCACCUCCCUUCCGGAUCGCUCGGAUACUGUUUAUGCCGCAGCAUCAGCUACACGCGUCCGCUCUAGAAGUUUACCCCGUGAGGGUGGCAGGCUUCUGGAUGAGGAUCAAGAUGACAGUGAUGAGGAUGACGAUGACGAAGAGGAAGAGGAUGAGCUCUCUCCUUAUGAGGCAGAGGACUUCUUGCCUGGUCCGGGACAGAGAAUUCCAAAGGAUGAAGAGGAAAGUACGGAUGACCAGGCUAUGCCAGAGCUCCAGUUUGGCAGUCUCAAGCAUACGCAGCACUCCGGGAGCCCUGACCACUCAUGGAACGAGAGAGGCAGAUCUAGGCUACCACGCAAAGUUGACAUGGGGAGCUGUGAGAUCUCCUCCAGCUCAGAUACUUUCAGCAGUCCCAUUCACUCUACCUCUACCACAGGAGUGCUUGGAGGCCAAAUCGACCACAAAGAGGACCACCAGUCCUCAAGCGGCAACUGGAGUGGAAGCAGCUCCACAUGCCCGUCACAGACUUCUGAGACUAUUCCACCUGCUGCCUCACCUCCCCUGACUGGAUCUUCACACUGUGAUUCAGAACUUUCCCUCAAUACCGGAUCCCAUGUCAUUGAUGACACCACUGGCUUUAUAAUUGACCCCUACCACAUAGACAAGCCGCAAGGACAGGGCCACAGAUCCCAUUCUUUUACCUCAUCAGCUACUGAUCAGAUGGAUGAUGCAGGGGUCAGUACUGCCAGUGAUGGUGAGUGGAACUGCACCCAGGACCAGCAAGAUCAACCCUGCCCCCAAGAUUUCAGCCCAAACUAUUCCAGAGAGGAUGAAAGUGGUGUCAGCUGUCCCAGUUAUUCCAGCGGGGAAACUUAUGAGAGCUUCAGCGAACAAGCAUCCACUGGGAAAUCAGAGACAAGGUAUAUCGUUGACACCGAAGGAUUCUAUUCCUCAAUGCACUUUGAUUGUGGUCUUAAGGGUAGCAGAAGCUACUACAACUAUGCAGCCAAUGACCCCGACUGUGGCCCGAGUGGGAACAUAGCACCUGGCAUGGGGGAAUACCCUGAGUUGGAAUUUAAAGCAACCAGGACAUUAGGGAGACCAUGUCUCUCCUUGAGAAAACCAAAGGCCAAGCCACCCCCACCAAAACGUAGCUCUUCAUUAAAGGAAACAAGCUGUGGUGUGAACGUUCUGGAGGAGAACGAACCAAAGAUUACUAGCGAGCUGCCACUGCCCUUGUCUUCCAGGGAGAUGAAACUGCAGCUGGACUUGGCCGGUUCUGUAGGGCACCUUGAUGCUGCGGGUCUCGAGUCGCUUGGUGCAUGGGGAGUGGACAACGUCAGGGAUAUACUUGACUGCUCCUCUCCGUUUAGUUCCUCGGACACACAUUCCUUCAAGGACGAAGGUGCUGUGCAAGCAGACUAUGCAGACCUCUGGCUCCACAAUGACUUGAAAUCGAAUGACCCAUACAGGUCCGUGUCCAACUCUAGCACUCCUACAGGCACAACUGUUAUCGAAUGCAUCAAGACGCCGGAAAGUGCAGAAACGCAAGCCUGCCAACCCAGGUCUAGGCCUACUUCCCCAACUCUUCCUCCACCUGAGGGUGAUGUCAAGCUGGGUUCCCCUGAAAAGCUGGCGGGCUUAGCGUCUCCUUCCAGUGGAUAUUCCAGUCAAUCCGAGACGCCUACAUCUUCCUUCCCCUCCGCUUUCUUCCCGGGGCCUCUGUCUCCAAACACCGGCAAGAGGAAACCCAAAGUCCCUGAAAGGAAGUCCUCACUUUGUUCCUUGCAACAGACACAGCUUUCAGUCAGAGACUCCUAUAGGAGGGAAAAUGACUUCCAGACCGUACCCCCUAGUCACCUCGACCUAAGUGCUCUUCACAGCAAACAUUUCACUCACAGAAAUCAGAUGUACAUCCUCCACCAGAAUAAGCAGAAAGCUGCCGUAGCUGCAGCUGCGGCUGCAGAAGCCCGUAGCGCAGCCGCGGCCGCUGCUGCAGUUGCUCGCGCUGCUGCAGAAUCUUGCACUACUGCAGCCGCCGCAUCUACUAAAGAGAGUGCGCCAUGUCCACCGCCUAGUUCAGCACAUUUGGCCAUCACUCCAAAUGUUCUCAGAGCAGUGCAACUGCGAUCUAUUAGUAGACCACUUAACGGGAACCAAGGGUAUGAUCUUGGCAACUUAAAUCCAGCUACACGCCCCAAGUGUCCCACAGUGAUAACAGAUGCAACACUUUCUGGCAACAGGCACAACAGAAAACCACCAGCUUACAAACCCCCUGCGGCACAGAUCUGCGAGUCACAGGUUCCACCUGCGGUGGAAAACGUUGAGGAGGUAAGAAUAAGACAACAGAGGCUUGGUCCUGGUACUUACUGGGCAAUGACCGCUUUCAGAACACCUGUAGACCCUAAUACUGAAAAAGAUGACUCGUCGGCAAGAUUAUUUGAAGGUACUGAGAUGCACAGCUCUCAGCAGGAACAAGACCGCAGAUGGUACCCAGAUGAGCAACUGACAUCACCAGAGAGACUUAAACAAAAACUUAGUCAACUAUUAAGGUCAGACCUUUCAGCAGAGCCCAUGUCUCUGGCCAGCACAAUGCCGCCCCCAGCUUACAGCGAGAUCCAGAGGAGCAUUUUUGUACCGUGCAACAGUCCUGACAAAGUGCCUGUUUCAACUCAAAAGGCAUCGCACACUUACACAAUCAGCGAUGUGCUAGGCAGAGAGGAGGAAUAUGGGACAUCAGGUGUCGCAACCAGAAGUGCCUCACAGGACAUAAGAGAGAAAGAGUCGACCCCAGACACAGAGGACUACUUUAGCAAGGAUUCAACUCCUAGUGACAAUUCAUCCUCUCCUUUGACGGAUGACUCCAAAACUGAUGAUGAUAGUGUUUUCCCAUCCCCUAACAAACUACGCACAACUGAAGAUCUCUUUGCAAUGAUACACAGAUCUAAACGGAAAGUGCUUGGAUGGAAAGAUUCCGGGGAGAUGAACGUAAAUAGUCGGCCCGGUGUAGUACCUGCAACAGCUCCCGUCAGUACUCCUACUGUAUGCCCAGUUACACCCGCAGCCACAGUCUCCCCAAACAUCUCCCAGCGAGCCUCAGGACCCAUCUACAGGAGUGCCAAAAAGUCCAGCACAUCCAGUGAGGAGUUCAAACUCCUGCUGCUAAAGAAGGGUAGUCGUACAGACUCGAGUUACCGCAUGUCUGCAACAGAGAUCCUUAAGAGCCCCAUCACACCCAAAUCCCAAGGAGAGCUGCUUUUAGAUGCUGCAACGCAACCAGAGGAGCCCACCCAACCCGUACAGGAUUCCACUUGCGGUGAUACACUUCCAAACCCGUUACCUAAGGCCAACAGCGAGGGAUUCUCCCCAAAAACGCUGACCAUGUCAGCGGCCUCCAGACAGGGACGGUCCAGAAUUCCACCUGCGGCGAAUAGCAGCCGCUAUAGUACGCGGAGUCGGCUUUACACAGCUCCGAUGCAGGCCAUAUCUGAAGGAGAGACUGAGAACUCGGAUGGUAGUCCACACGAUGACCGCUCUUCUUAGUGGUGUGGUUUUGUUUUUUACCACAAAAUGGUACAUUUUUGAUAGUAUGAAAACAUUUGGGAGUGCUGUAGGCAUAUUAAGAUCUACCUUAGUUUUCCUUAAAAUGUUUGUUGUUUUGAAAAGACACGGGUUGAUUUCUUUAAUCCUCUUUUGUAGGUCAAGUGAAGCCCUUGGAAAUGGAUUUGUGAGUGCAUUGUUUUGUCAGCGUUUAUUUGAUUUUAAUCGCAUUUUUAUUUUUUUGUUUUGCCUCCAAAAUUAGGUCAAAUGACUAAUGAGUCAUACUGAAAAGUUGACUUUUUAAAAAAAUAUAUAUUUUAUGAAAACUAUUUCCAUUAUCCAUCACAAAGUUACUGUAUGAGCUAUAUUAUAUGAUCCAGCAUUGUUUAAUGCGAUGAUGUGAAGGUUUACUGAGGACAAUCGCACUAAAGCUCUUAGGUGAAGAUGUCUAACCAUGCAAAGAAAAAGACUUCUGAGACAAAGAAAACCAAGGAUUAAAUGACCGUAGGCCAAGAAGGGGGACGGUUGGCAAAACCAUAAAUUGUGAAUUUGAUUACUUGUGUAUUUUGAAAUAAUAAUAUAACAUAAAUUAAAAUCAAGGUUAACAAAAGUCAUCCAAUUUUUAGUUUAGCUCCAUUCUGAUUGAAGGUGGUGUCAAACAACAUUCCAACAACGUAUUUAUUCUGUUUACCUGUUUAUUUUAAAGACCCAAAUUGGGUGUAUAUUUGUCACGUUCUUUGGGUGUCAUCACGUAUAUCGACUUGUAAACGCAGAUGAAAUGAGGACUUUCACUGCCGUGUCACUGUAUUCUGUGAAUACCCUUAAAAUCAACAUACUGUUCGUUUGAAGAAGAAUGAAUUCACUUUUAAAGUGAAACUUUCAAUGUGGAGAUGAGAACUCUAUUUGAUUUGUCAAGCUUACACUGUGCCACUGAAGGGAAGAUGACAAGCUGUGAAAAGAGAGUCUGUUUCUGAUUCACGUUUUAACGCUGUGGUCAUAAUUUUUCGUUUUCAUCCUUUGUACAGCAUGCAAUAAAACACUAGAACAUGUCAAACGGACAUCUCCACAUGAAAAAUGUAUUUUGAUUUUCACUCGAAUUUGUUGAGUAUGUGCUAUGUUCAGUAAGUGUACAAAAUGUGUACGAUUUGCGGUUUUACAUCACUGUAUACACAGUUUGAGUAUGUAUGUAUGUUGGAGAGAUGUAAUUAUUUUUAUUAAUUUAUAUCAGUAGAGAAACCCUCCCAAAUAUUCUGAGACAUCAACUGUAUUUCCUUGGGCAAUGCAUCUGAGCCACGUCUAUUCUGUUUUGGGUGUUUUUUGUCUUAUUUUAAUACAAAUCCUGUCUCAGUUAGCUUUGUUUUAACUCCAGACUUUUGGAAGUACAGACUUUCCUUUUUUUCUUGCAUCCAUGUAUUAGAACUAAAUCUAUGAAAUCUUUAGAUUGCAACAUUUAAUAGAAAAAAAAAUAUUUUUAAUUAUGGGAUAUUUUAUCCAGAGAAUUAUUUUGUUAAUAAAUUUGGAAAAGAAUAAUUAUAAAGCUUUAUUUAAAUAAAAGAAGAACAAAUGUAUUUCAUGUCAGGGGUGUAUCGGCCAAUGAUGAAGAUACUUGUAAACCUUUUUAAUUAGCUGUAAACUUGCAUUCUUAACCAAUAAGCUACUCUAUAUGUUCAAGAACUGUAGUUAAAUGUUUUGGUGCUUUGAAUUCUAUAGCCAGGCCAUAUACUCUCAUUGUUGCCAUCCAAAAAAAAGUCAAUUAUUUUGCCAACAGGUUUUCUUUGGAUAAAUGUCUCUUACGAUGCAUUGUGCUUACAGUGCAAAAGCAGUCAUCACAACACUCGUGACAACUCAAAUAAUUCAGAAAUGUAGCAAUGUGUGUCUUUUUGUUUUAUUUCAUAACACUACAGUAGUUGCGGUGUCACCCACCCAUAGUGAAGCUGACCAGUCAAUUUGGGCCUUACUUGCAUCUCAUUAAAAAACGAAAGGAAAUUAAAAUCUUUGUCAUAGUUAAUUUACCGUAAGUAAGGUUUGGACUGUUUUAAACUUUAUCUUUAUCAAAAUCAUAUAUCGGUAACUUACAGAAGAAAAUGACAUGGUAACAAAGACACGGUUCAUAAAGAGAAUUAUGUUAUUGUUUCCUUUGUUGUAACUGAAGUAUCAUGAUUCAUCAUUGACUACUUUUGUGUUUUUAAUUUUUCUAAACACAUUGUAACUUCAGUUACUCAGUAUUUCUGGAGAAGCACAGCCUGCUUUUGUCAAAGGAUUUCAGAUGUGUAGUGGUGUGAAAUAAUUACACUAAACUAAUUGAUGGACUAACAAAAAACGCUAAAGUGAAACGGUCUGGGAAAAAAAGAUGCAUCUCAUUCAGUUACAAUAAACAGGAAACAAAUCUCACUCAGCAUACAAGUUCCACUUCAAGAGAGUUGAGUCCAUUUUGUAUUUUUGUAUAAACGUGUACAUAUGAAAUUUCUAAAGUAAAAAAAGACAAUUGUUUCAUUUUGUAAAAUGUUUUAAAAGUUUACAUUUAAUUCCAAGCCUUUGUAUAUUUUUGAGCUGUGCAACACUCUCGGUCCUGUAUUUAUUUUUAGUAAACAUUGUGGGAAUUCCAUUGUAAAUUUCAACCAUUUCUUGCCAGCUCACGUGGCUGCUUAGUAACUGUGCAUAGAGAAAGCCAAUAAAUGUGACUGCAUUGA